AGCCUUCCUCUUCACCGUUCAUAUUUACUUCUUGACGGGGUUUUUUUUCUGUCAUCCCACAAAGAGCAGGAAACUGAAUUUGAUUAAUUCAUCCACUGUAUUUCUUUCCUUUAUUUUGUUACUCAUUUAUACGUCUGGCAUGGACUCCUGAAACCCUUGUGAUAUGCUGAUAUCUCGGUGACCAACAUGGACCAGCUGCGGCUCAUGUUAGUGUGUGCGACUUUGUCCUGCAGGCUACAAACAUCAUUGCUCCAAACCCAUGAAGAGGUGUGUCCUGGUACCCAGAAUGGUUUGAGCUCUACCGGCUCACAGGAGAAUCAGUACAACCUAAUUAAGGACCGGUAUGAAGGUUGUCAGAUCGUCAUGGGAAACCUGGAGAUCACUCAGAUUGAGAGCAACUGGGACUUCUCAUUCCUCAAGACAAUCCGGGAGGUGACUGGCUACGUCCUCAUUGCUAUGAACCACUUUCAGGAGAUCCCUUUGGGUCAACUUAGGGUCAUCAGAGGAAGCAGCCUGUAUGAAAGACGCUUCGCCCUCUCAGUUUUAUUCAAUUACCCCAAGGACGGCUCCAAUGGCUUGAGGCAGCUGGGGCUCGCAAAUCUGACAGAGAUUCUGGAGGGUGGAGUUCAGAUUAUUAAUAACAAAUACCUGAGUUACGGUCCCUGGAUCUUCUGGCAAGAUAUUGUACGGGACAACAGUGCUCCCAUUGACAUCCACUACAACGGAGAGAGAGGCUUCUGCCACAAAUCUUGUGGAGAUUACUGCUGGGGGCCGAACGAGAACCAGUGUCAGAUCUUGACUAAGAUGGUGUGCGCUCCACAGUGUAACGGCCGCUGCUUUGGGACGAGCCCCCGGGACUGCUGUCACAUUGAGUGUGCAGCGGGAUGCAAAGGCCCUCUGGAUGUGGACUGUUUUGCAUGCCAGCAUUUUAAUGACUCCGGAGCCUGCGUCCCUCAGUGCCCCCAGACUCUCAUGUAUAACAAGCAGAAAUUUCAAAUGGAAACCAACCCAAAUGCCAAAUACCAGUAUGGAUCAAUCUGUGUUUCUCAGUGUCCCACUAAUUUUGUGGUGGAUGGCAGCUCCUGUGUGAGCGUCUGUCCUCCAGACAAGAUGGAGGUGGAGAAAGAAGGCCAGAGGCAGUGUGAGCUCUGCAGCGGAUUCUGCCCAAAAGUGUGUGAGGGUACAGGUGCAGAGCACAGACAGACGGUGGAUUCCAGCAACAUUGAUAGCUUCAUCAACUGCACCAAGAUCCAGGGUAGCCUUCAUUUCCUGGUCACAGGGAUUCUUGGAGAUGCCUUUAAAAACAUCCCACCACUCGAUGCCGAAAAACUGGAAGUUUUCCGCACUGUGAGGGAAAUAACAGAUAUUCUAAACAUCCAGUCGUGGCCCAAAGAGCUGAAUGACCUGUCUGUUUUUUCGAGCCUCACGACGAUCCAGGGGAGGGCACUCUACAAGCGUUUCUCUCUGAUGGUGAUGCGCAUCCCCACUCUUACCUCACUGGGUUUGCGCUCUCUCCGGGAGAUCAGUGACGGCAGCGUGUACAUCAGUCAGAACACCGACCUCUGUUAUCACCACACUGUGAACUGGACUCAGCUGUUCAGAGGGCGUAGAGUUCGAGUCAACAGCCUCAACAACAACAAGCCGUUGGCUGAGUGCGUUGCAGAGGGCCAUGUGUGUGACCCGUUAUGUUCGGACUCGGGCUGCUGGGGCCCCGGCCCCCAUCAGUGUCUCUCGUGUAGGAACUACAGUCGUGGUGGUACAUGUGUGGGCAGCUGUAACUUCUACUCCGGAUCUCCGAGGGAAUUUGCAGGCUCUGACGGCGAGUGUGUUGUCUGUCAUCUGGAGUGCCAGGCUCAGAGGGGGAAGAUCAGCUGCACAGGACCGGGUGCAAAUGACUGUGUGGCUUGUGCCAAUCUUCGAGACGGUCCUUACUGCAUGUCUUCUUGUCCGACUGGAGUGCAUGACGGACAGAGAGGGCUGAUUUUCAAAUAUCCCAACAAGGAGGGUCACUGUGAGCCAUGCCAUCACAACUGCACACAGGGCUGCUUUGGGCCGGGAUUAAAUGACUGUUUAGAGACGGCAAGAUUGGCAGUAAGUAGCGGUCAGAUCACAGGUAUAGCUUUGGGGGUCCCAGCAGGCUUCAUUUUCUGCCUGGCCUUGUUUUUCCUGGGAGUGCUGUACCAUCGAGGCCUUGCCAUCCGCCGCAAGAGAGCCAUGAGGAGAUAUCUGGAGAGCGGGGAGAGCUUCGAGCCCCUGGGUCCUGGAGAAAAAGGCACUAAAGUUCAUGCCCGCAUUCUGAGACCCUCAGAACUGAAAAAAAUCAAAGUCCUUGGCUUUGGUGUUUUUGGCACAGCACACAAGGGCUUUUGGACUCCAGAGGGAGAGACCGUGAAGAUCCCAGUAGCUAUCAAGACCAUCCACGAUAGCUCAGGCCGACAGACUUUCACGGAGAUCACUGAUCAUAUGCUUUCCAUGGGCAGUCUGGAUCACCCCUACAUCGUCAGGCUGCUGGGCAUCUGUCCGGGGGCCAGUCUGCAGCUGGUGACCCAGGUCAGUACUCAGGGCUCCUUACUGGAACACAUCAGGCAGCACAAGAACAGCCUGGACCCCCAGCGUCUCCUCAACUGGUGCGUGCAAAUCGCUAAGGGCAUGUUCUACCUGGAGGAGCAUUGUAUGGUCCACAGGAAUCUUGCCGCCCGCAACAUCUUGCUCAAGAACGACUAUCAGGUCCAGAUAUCGGACUACGGUGUUGCAGACCUCCUUUAUUCCGAUGACAAGAAAUAUGUCUACACAGGCACGAAGACACCCAUAAAAUGGAUGGCACUUGAAAGCAUCUUGUUUCGACGAUACACUCACCAAAGUGAUGUUUGGAGUUACGGGGUGACGGUGUGGGAGAUGAUGUCAUUUGGGGCAGAGCCGUAUGCAUCUGUGCACCCUCAGGAAGUACCGAGUGUGCUGGAGAAAGGCGAACGUCUGUCACAGCCCAACAUCUGCACUAUAGAUGUCUACAUGGUCAUGGUUAAAUGCUGGAUGAUUGAUGAAAAUGUAAGGCCAACUUUCAAAGAACUGGCGAGUGACUUUACUCGGAUGGCGAGAGACCCACACAGAUACCUCGUUAUAAAGUUGGAAGGAGAAGAUGCUGGUCCAGGUGAAAUCCAUCGAAGAGAGUCAGAGCGAGGACUUCUGGAUGUAGAUUUAGAAGACCCAGAAGAGGAGGGACUAGAGGACGGUUUGGCUACGCCUCCUCUUCAGCACUCUCCAUCUUGGAGUCUGCCGAGAUCACGGAUGAAUUCAUGCAGGAGCGGCACAUCUCAGGCCGCACCGAUUGGAUACCUGCCAAUGACCCCGAGUCCUGCAGACAGCUUUCGCCAGUUGUGGUUUCACAGGUCCCGUCUGAGCUCGGUGCAGACACUGCCUGAGAGAUCAGAGGUCAGGGGGAAUUGCAGGGAGGCGGAGCUGCGUAUGGAAGGUUUACAGGCUGAGAGCCUUCACAGGUCCCGGUUUUGCUCAGAGAGGAGCAACCAUCGUGUUCCCAUCAGCAGACACAGGAAGCUCUCUACAGCCUCAAGUCCAUCCUCUUACAAGGCGUGGACAGCAGGGGAAGAGGAGGAGGUGGACCACUAUGGCUACGUCCUGCCUGGGUCACCCAAUACACCAGAAAGAGGCUCAAGAAUAUCUCGUUCCGGGCAGACAAACUCAAGACUGACGACUAAUCUGGUGAUAAAUCCCUCCAAGGAAUACGAGACCAUGAACACAGAGGACGCUGCUCCUUCCUGCUCAACCAGCAGCGUCUUAACACAGAGAGAUGACACCACGGACACACUUUGUUGUAAGGCUUCGCCUUCACCCUCUCCAGCCUUCGUGACUUUGCCAGACACCGAGGACAGGCCAAAUAAAGAGACUCCUUUCUCAGCUCCAAAGAAUAAUGAAGAACAAGAGGCUUGUGAAGGAGCUUUAGCUGAGCAAAGAGAGUCAAUAGACACACAUCAGCUCACCAGUGACUUAACUCAUGAGAUCCAAACUGUGGAUGAUCAUGCAGAGACUGUCCAAAGUUUUGGCAGGUAUGAAUACAUGGAUAUCAGACACUGUGACUCUUCAGAGGGGGUCGAUCCCAAAAGGGAGAGAAGAGGGAGUCAAACAUCUGCAAUGAGUGCGGGGGAGAAAGAGGAAAUAGACCCAAUAAUUGGGGUGGUGAAAAAUGAGCACAAGGAGGAAGAAGAAACCGAGAAGUGCCACAACACAAAUAAACAAGCCACUCUUCAGGGGGAUCUGAGCAGUGCCAUCACGCCCAGGCCAGAUGUGCUGGCAGCUGGGGGAGGAAAGGUGGAGGAGUAUGAAGAGAUGACUGCACUUGGAGUGUUGCCUGGUGGAUGGGGCCAUGCAGAAUACGAGAACCUCCCAGCGAAGGGGAAGGCUGCUCCUGAGGAGCUGGGAGGUGGCAGGUGUGCAGGGGUGGGGGAGUACAUCAAGGUGUGCGCUGGCAUGGGGGAACCUGGCACCAAUGCAUCGUUUGACAACCCAGACUACUGGCACAGCAGGCUCUUCCUCAAGCCAGAUGCUGUACGCACCUAAUAAUGUUGACAGGGACACGGACGGAGUAAUUGGUGGAACUUGCUGCCAUAAAUUUGCAGGUUUAGGAUUCGCUGGGUCCACUGAAUCACUUUCCUUAGAUGAAAAAAAAAAGAGAAAUAAACGUUUGUUCUUUUAUUUUUUUACACGAAUCAUUACAAAACCAACUAUGAACUGAUACAUAUCUAUAAAUAUCAUAUCUAAGCAUACAUAUCUAAGAAUCUAAAGUUUCUAUGAGGAAAACCAUAAGGCUGAGAACAGUGAACUAUUUCAUGAAAUGUGCACAUGUGCUAUCUGUUUACUUUUGGACAUUGCAUAUGGCAUUUAAAGUUGGCUUGACUUUAUUUAAAGCCCCUUUUGUUAAAAGUGUGUUAUUUGUUUAAGAAGAAUGAGAUUACUCUUUUCAGAACUCUCACUGUACUUUUUAUAUUAACUUCAUCAUUAUGCAGCAUGAUUUCAUAUUUUGCAAGUAGCAAAAUCAAUUGUAU